AUGAGCUCCCAGCGCUACGAACGAGUCGCAGCAUUAGACAACGACGAUGAAGAUCAUGGCCUAGCGAAUACACCUGUAGCCAUUCCCAACUCGCCACCUCCGUCCUUUCGCUCGCACCCCUCAUCCCGCCGCCACUCACGCGAUACCGCCCGCCAAAGCUCCGAGGAGGAGCGCGACCUCGACGAUGCAUUUGAUGCACCUUCCGAUGCCGACGACGACGAUGACGACACCCGAGACCGUAGGAGGCUGAUGGGAAACUCCACCAGCAGCAGCCCGAGCGCCACGCUAGCGCCAAGACCCGAUGCGCCAGCGAGGACGGUGACGGCGAUACCGACAUUCACCAACGCGGUGCCGGCAGGAGGCAGCGGGCGAGUAGUCGGAGGAGGCAGCCAGGCCAACGAUGGGGUUUUUGCAAACAUAAGCGCCAAGCCUAAAGUCGGCGAGGACUUGGAGGAGAAGCCUCCGACCUACGAAGAAGCUUCUGCGGACGCGACGCCGCCCUACUGGGAAACGCACGUUCUAUCUCCCUACAAUCUUACUGGCAACCCCGAUGAUGUAUUCGUCGACGGCCUUCUUGUGGGCUCAUUUUUUUCUUUUAUCUGGAAUGGUCUGAUAUCCACGUCGUUCCAAAUCAUUGGCUUCCUCUUGACCUAUCUGCUACACACAACGCACGCGGCGAAACAUGGCUCUCGCGCCGGACUGGGAAUCACUCUUGUACAAUAUGGCUUCCAGAUGCGCUACGCAGCUUCCAAUCUUGCCGAUACUGCACCCGACGCCCCAGGCAGUGUGCCGGGAGAUGGUUCAGUACCAGACGACCCCAAUGCUCACGACWUCGAUCCCUCGGAUGUCGGAAAGGAUGGAGGCGCGGACGGCGGCAUGUCGACAACCGACUGGCUCUCAUACUUCUUGAUGAUUGUGGGCUGGUUCAUCCUCAUUCGAGCUGCGUCCGACUUCAUGAGAGCAAGAAGGCAAGAGGCGCUCAUAAGAUCGUCACCAGAUCGGGGUCUUGGAGUUGCUGUGGUUGCGGAGAAUGAGACUCCAGAGCACAGCGUUUAA